GGCGUAUAUUUCCAGACGGCGCCUUGUAGAUCAAACAUAAUAUGGAUUGUAGAAAUUACUUAAUUUUGACUUAAAUUCUGGACUCUCUUCGAAGGCGACCUCUAUGGGCAAAAAGUUAAAAACUGUUAACAGAGAACUACCGGAAGAGGUCCUGAUUUUUUGGAUUUGUUUCUGGAGGGUAAUUUUAACGAACAGAAUAUUAUCAUAAAAAUUUCAAAAAUGAAUUAAUGACUGCACUGAAGUUUCAUUUUUAUAGGUACUUGAUCAAUCAUAUUUGAAGUUGCCUGUCUUUGGGAAGAUUUUGUUUAAUCUACACCUAUAACUGCCGAGUUUCUCCUCAUUUAUCCCGUAUCUGCCUGAUCUCUGUCUGCCUGUAUCCCAGUUCCUUGCGGGUUGUGUUUAAAAAUAAAAUGUCAUUUGACAGAUGACAUAUUUUCUUGUGUUAAUCAAUAAUUUUAACAUUUACCAUUUUCAAGAGAAUUCCUGUGAUUCCUCAUGGUUAUAAUAAAUAAAUUAGUAAUUGUAGUUCAUAGCUAUUAAGUGUAUAUGAGUAGAGUGAAAAAAUGAAAUGGGGGGCCCACCACUGGGUUUAUCAAGGUUGUAUUCUGAUCGCAUUACUUUGGGGUGUUUUGGGAGAAUUAGGUAACCCUUAUGAAAUAUUAGGGGUGCAUAGGCGAUCGUCUUCGCAGGAAAUACGGAAGGCAUAUUUACACUUGGUUAAAGAAUGGCAUCCUGAUAAAAGCAAUGAUCCCAAUGCAGAACAGCGUUUUGUUGAAAUCAAACUGGCAUACGAGUUGCUGUCAGACCCAGAUAGGAGGAAGAAGUAUGAUGAUAAAGGCAUUACAGAGGAUGAUUUCUACAAGAAACCUGAGCAUCCACCCUUCCCAAACAGCAACCCAUUUGAAGAUAUUUUUGCUCAUCAUGGAGCACAUUUCAACUUCCAGGAGAAUGAUAUUACAUUUUUCCAUAAGUUAUCAAUUACAACAAGGCAGUAUGAUAAAAUAAUAGUACCGAAAAGCGAGAAAACGCCACAUUUGAUAUUUUUCUACACCGACUGGUGUUUUCCGUGCAUUCAGACUGCACCGUACUGCCGUAAGCUAGUGGAAUACCUGGAGCCAUUAGGAAUCAAUUUUGCGACUGUCCAUUCUGGCAGGGAACCGAAUCUGGGCAGAAGACUCAGUAUACAUACACUUCCUUGUUUGGUGUUGCUCCUCGAUGGAAAUGUGUAUGUUUUCAAAGAGACGAUCACCAGUGUUCAGAAGAUUAUAGAAUUCAUUAGGAAUAAGAUGCCAUAUAAAAUGAUAACCAAAGUGAAACCAAAUGAUAUUGAUGAUUUUUUGAACGGCUGGGAGGAUAACAGGGUGCGCGGAUUGAUAUUCGAACCAAAGAGUACAAUGAGAUUGCGAUAUUUAGUCACUGCCUAUCAUUUCCGUCACAGAGUUGCAUUUGGCUUUGUAGAUUCGGACGAGAUUAGAAGAAAGUUUCAAGUGCCCCACGACAUGGAUGCGGUAUUGCUUUUCAAUGAAAAUACGUCAUAUCCGAUGGCAAGUGUAACCAUGAAGGAUAUUCCCACUUCCACUUUACAUCAUGUCAUAUCGUCGAAUCAGUAUUUGGCAUUGCCAAGGCUAUCUUCACAGGGAAUCUUGGAGGCAUUGUGUCCGUGUGAAUGGAACAAGCCAAGGAAAAAGCUUUGUGUCGUCCUAGUAACCUCAGCAUCUCGUAGCCAUGACUCUCAUAGACAAUCAUUUAGAAUAUAUGCUCAGCGGUCGCCAUACAGUGUUGAGAAAGUUAGAUUCGCUUAUAUUUAUCAUGAUAAACAGACCGACUUCGUGAAUGCACUGACUCCAGAAGGACAUGCCGUAGAACCAAUGUUAGGAAUCGUUAUCAUAUGGAGAAAAGAUACGUCGCACAUCAAGUACGAGUGGGUAUCGUCGAAAUGGGAAGUAGAAAAGAACCUCAAUGAUACUACCUCACAGUUAGAACGUACUAUUAGUCGUUUGUUGAAGUCUACCGAAACUUUUUCUUAUGAAGCAUUUGUUAAGGACUUAUUUGAUGAACAUGCCAAAGGAAUUUUAGGACAAGUGAUAUCACGCUCAAUACAAUUUAUGGAACAAAUUUAUGAGGGUUUAGGUAAAGAACAAAUACUACCAGCGCUCUCUAUACUGGGAACAGUCCUAUUCAUUUUAGGAAUAGGAUAUUUCAUGGCGUAUUUAGUUCGAAUUGAAGAAGAAAGCAUCCAAAAGCAAAAGGCCAGGGCGAAAUCGGGCAAUAACAACAAUGAGCCGUCGAAUUCAAAUUAUCAGCCUGAGUUGAAAUUACAUGAGCUGCGUUCCGAGACGUAUAACGCUUUAGUAAGGUUAUUGAAACCAGGAUGUCGCACCAUUGUGCUUGUAUUAGAUAUGCAAUCGAGGCAGCAGCUUAUGCCGCCAUUCCAUAAAGCAGUUUGGCCCUAUAGAAAGAAUAAAACGUUGAUGUUUUCGUACAUGUACAUUGAAAGGGGUCUUAAAUGGUAUAAAGAAUUGCUACAGCUAUCGUUGCCGGAAGAAAGAGAACUUAACAUCAAUCCUAGGAAUUGUGUAGGUACUGUACUAUCACUGAAUGGACAUAGGAAAUACUUUUGCGUAUUUCAUGCCAAACAUAUGGAAAAGAAGAAAAGACGACAUGAAACACCAAAUAAAGCAAGCACCGAGAGAUUAGACUGCGAAAGUGGUGCCUUCAUUGGCUUCCAGACUGACAGUUCCGAAUCAGAAGAGGAGGUGCUCCUCCAAGGUACCCUCCUGGACGGUUUUUCCAAUUGGUUGGACAGACUGUUCGAAGGCUCCACGCAACGGUUCCACAUCAACUAUUGGCCAGAGUUUCCUAUCAAGUAACGUUACUUGAACGUUAGAAAUUUUGGUUUUUUGUUGUGCAGUGCCAUAGAGCCAUGGUUGGAGACAGAGCUGCUGUCUCAUUUUUUAGCAUUUGCGGUUUUUAGGUGAGGAAAUGAAAGCUGGAGAGGCGAGAAGAUCUUUUUGCCAGUUAAAAUGGCAUCUUUAAUCAAUAUAUUAUACUCACACUAAUAUUUUACGGAGCAAUCCUGACGUAUCGUUAUCAACGCUGUUUUUUUUGGUAGUUUGUAACAGAAUGUGUUUCUUUUGAUUUCAGGACUGUUGUGAUGCUUUUUAUUUUUUCUAAAAAUAACUAUGAGCUCGAUUGUGAAGAUUAUGUAAGCUAGUGGUUAAUUAUCAUUUUGUAUUUUUGCGAGGUGAAUAAAAUUCACUACUUGCAGUUGAAAGUAUUUGUACACAUAUAGAACCUUGAUGUUUGGUAUUAUUUUUUUUUUUUUCACUACUAAUCGGAGAAAUCAACAUGAUUGACCACACGCCUAACUGAAAAGUAGCAUUUCUGUCCCUAGGUAAAUAAUAAUGUCAUUUGAAAUAUUGUCAAUUUCAUUGUGUCAGUUUGAACGUUACAUUUCAAAAUAUUUUAGAACGAUUGAGAAAUAAGUAAUUUUGAGCAUAAAUACUCAAUGUAGUUCUCCUUUUUGAAUGCCCCAAUAUCGAGAUCGAGAUAGUGUCGGAAAAGGAUUUUAGUGUUAAAAAACUAAAACAUUUGUACCUUAGGCCCCUUGGAUCGUGAUUGUCUCACUCACAAAAAGCCUAACUCCCCUAGGAUGGUUCAGUCCAGAUCGUAUCCGCUGUCUAUUUCAUUCAUUAAUUUCUGUUUGACACCAUGUAACUACAUAGAUAAAGUAUUUGUAAAACGAAUUGAAAACGUCAUUUCCGUGAUGUAAAGUCGAAUGUUUUGUGAUAUACAGGGUGUUCUGAAAGCUGGGAUUUUCCUUUUCAGAAACAACUACGUUUAUAACACCGCUAAUGUGUGGUGAAACAACAGCGAAAAUUUGAAAAAAAAAUAAAUGAAUUUUACGGAGCAUAUCCUAUCGGUAAUCUUAAGACUGGUGUAUAUGUUACCGACUGCUCAUUUCUCCAAGAUCUACAUAUAUACCAUGUAAAGGAAAGUCUCAACUUUGAUGACACCCAGAAUAGUGUCAGUAGUGAAAAAAAAAUCUAUACAUAGUUUGUUGGAGGACAUUAUUGGACUAGCACAUCACAUCCCUCCUCCCUCCCAGUAAUAGCCCACUUCUCAAACUAGGUAUGUAAUGUACUAUUUUUCACUACUAACCUGAGAAAUUGAUCACCAUUAUUCACUGCAAUGCACCACAGAGAAAUGUUUCUUUGCGGAAUAAUUUGCCAGAUCAAAUCCUGCAUCAUGAGUUAGAAAAGAUGAUUAUUCACUUUUAUUAAAGUCAUCAGAUACUAGCUACUUAGGAAGGGUUCUGUGUGAAGUGUCUUAUAUAUUAUAAACAAAUUUAGGAAAUCUUUUAAUGUUGUGUCCUUUUGAUUUUGAGACCUGACCAUAAUAGAUUACAGAAAGCUUGCAUUCUUCUAUUUUCUCCUGUAUACAAACAAAGAAACUGAAAACUAACCAUAUCUUCAUUUAGCUUAUUUCAGUCAGAGUUAUUAGCUACUGAACUAUUAAUUCUGCAUAUGAGAAUGAGUAAGUAUAGAUGUGUACAAAUACUUUUACGAUUAUCUACAGCAUUUUAUAUGGAUUCUCAAAAGAGUUUUUCAAUAAGGUUAGCCUUGAUAGAUCUAGUAGAUAUAAUUCAAAUUCUUAUUGAACAAUGUAUAUAGGCAAUUCUAGAAAAUUUCCAGCUAUCAAUUGCAUCAAAAUAGUAUGAUUUAGUAUUUUUGUUUCUAGUCAAAAAAUACAGUAAGUUUAAUAUUUAUACUUAGGUAGUGCUAAGGGUUUAUAAAAAUUUUAAUAGGUAAUCCGCUAUGACAAAUUUUUAAUAUGGAUUGUUAGGUAGACCAAUUUUUCCAAAUUUAUAACGAAUAUCAUUGGUUCAGAAAUGUUUAAAUGGAACUGGACAUAUUUGUUUAAUAUUAAUUUGCUGUUAAUUAUAACACAUAUUUUUAAUCGCCUGAAAUGGUUUUAUUAUGUACAGAAUUUUGUUGUUACAUUUGUAAAUAUUAUUUUUAGUCGUUUUAUAAGUUAACUUUGUACAAUCUUAGCACUUUACACUGUUUUUAUCUAUAUAUUUGUUAAUCAGCGAUGAAUAUGUUAGACCUUACUUUGGCUAUUUAUAUGUAAGAUUUGUUCUAAGGAUAUAUAAUAAAUUAUUUUCCCUUUCAACAGAAAUAUAUUUUAUA